AUGCAUUCUAGUGGCUAUAAAGUUGAAUCAAAUGAUCAAUGCACCACGCGUGGAUAUAACAAACGUUCCUACUCAAAUGAUGCUUCUGACCAAUCAGCAAAACGAUUUUGUGAAGCAUUACAGUCGGCAUCUGCUCCACAAUUUUUCGUUCGCUUGCGCGAGGUGAGAACCGUCUAUGAACCGCCGUUGCUCGCUAUCCAACAGAAAUACCGACGAUUAUGUGGAUGGCAUCGUCGAGGAUUUCCGGGAUCUCAUCCUGUAUGCAUGCAUCGUGAAAAUUAUGAGAUGAUUUUGCAGUCAUCCUAUAUGGUCACUUGGAAAUCGGUCGGUAAACGAUACAUGAUGUUAAUAGAAGAAAAAGAUAAAGUGUACAUGCUCGAUCAGGGUGAUAAUGUAUUCGCCAUUGAUCAUAUUCAAUUUCCAUGCAAUGCGGAAUACACAAGUCAUCUCAAGGACACAUUAGUCGAUGGCGAACUUGUAAUUGAUAAUGUCGAUGGUUCGGACAAGCUUAGGUGUAAUCGUAAUCCAAUUAAAGUAUCACUACCAAAAUUCUAUGAGAAUCUCGUUGAUCGUGCAAAUAGUACACAAGAGUCAACCGAUACUGUAUUAUCACAAUGUUUAACACAACUAUCUGAUCCAGCACGUCUACGUUUAUCACCAUUAGAUCAUGUGAAACGCACAAUCCAACAUCAUCGAAAACGAAAUGAUUUACCACAUAUACCCAAUGAUAUCGAUUUUUUUUCUGUUCCGGCAAUUCCGGUCCACAAAAUGAAAUAA